UUCAUCGUAAAAUGUAUUUUAAAGUUUCAAGUUGCAUUGGCUCUGGCACUUUUUACAUCAUCCUGGCGGUUCGAAAGCCUUUCGUUAAAAUAUAAUAAUGAGGACAGAUAUCAAUAAUUGUACAUUUAGCAUAUUCUGUCUAACUUUUGUAUCCAGAUAUAUGCAGGACAAUGCAUUCCACUAACAUAUAUAUCAAAUUCUUUUGAGCAAAAUAUGUUAAUGCGGUUUUUUAUGCUACUAUGUCCCUCUUGUUAAUGAAGUUGGCAUUUCACAUUCGAUUGUUGGCACCGGAUCAUAUUACACUAAAAUGUAGGUAUGACAUAUUGUUAUGUUAUUAAGUGAUAACGGCCUUUCCAUAAUAUACUUACCAACAGUAUCGGUACAAAAGUCCUUUAUAAGUAUCUAUCUAGCGUUUAGACGACAACUUUUAGCAGCAUUUAUCUUAUAUUCAUUUAGUCAAUGUAUUUCACAAAUCCAUAGAACUAAACACCUGUAAACAAAAUAUACAAAAAAAAAUAAUAUAAAUUCUGCUGUGCCGCUCCUGCUGGUGGAGUGUACCUGUCACAGUUUGGAUUUGCUAAUACAGAGCCUGAUUGCCAACUAUUUCAGUUCUACCAGCAUCAAGAUUAAUGACACGUUUACUCAGGUGAACAGCAGACGUUCCUUGAUUUGACAGGAUACAUUUAUGUCAUGUACACGUGUUACAGAAAACGCUUUAUACUUCCAGAGUACCUGCUAUCAGCUUCGUUUUUGACGGUGUUCAUGUCCAUAUCCCUAUUAGUAUCCCUGUCUCUUUUCAGUCUUCUCAGUUGCUGGUGUAUUUUCGUGUUUAUUUUAAGUUUCGAAUUUUGAACUUUUUUGUUAACGUUGUAAUUUGUUUAUGUCUGUUUGUUUAAACUACUCCUUGUUCAUUGUACUGUCUCUAACAUCUUGUCGUGCCAACAUGUAGGUCAUAUUGUAGCGUUAUGUGUCGCUCAUUCCCGGCCAUCGUACAUAUAGGCCUGAACUAAUGUACAUAUAUCCCGUAAAUGUGUACAGGCCAGUGUAUUCUUUGUCGUCAACUCGGAAGAAUAAAUCGGUUGAGUAAACACGAACUUUGUACCUAUCCGAUGAAUACUGAUUCACACUCACACGGAUGUGUAUCUAUUAACGGUGCAGGGAGGUGAUAACGAAGUGAACGUUUUAUCAGAUUCAGUCUGUCUUGCAGGUAUACCUGUAGGAGCAUGACAAUGACGUGGACUUCCAUACACCUGGUAUAUUUACUUAUAUGCCUCGCCGGUGCAGAAUAUUACGUGUUAUUGAACGGUGCCAAGGCCAACGAAGGAAAUGUACAAAUUUACAACGGUUCGACCUGGUUUGACCUUUGUACAGACGGAUGGGAUGACACGGACGCAGCAGUUGUGUGUCGUAUGCUAGGCUACACAGGUGACGGAGCCAAGGCCGGCAUUGACACCGAUGGGGCUACGUUUUCCUCUCUGGUGCAAUCCAAGUUCGAUUGUGAUGGCAGCGAAGCGUCUCUCCAGGACUGCCAAACAAGUAGCAAUAACCAGAUUGUCUGUGAUAACAGCACUAAAUCACACGUUGUAUGUGCUGAAGUACCCCAGCCGAAUGAUUUCCUUCUCAUAUCGUUUGGAACGGCUAUUGCAAAAAUGGAUCGAGCAUCUGGGAGUAUUUCAUUUGUGCAGUCUGGAACUCUUGAGCGUGUCAUAGCUAUUACAUAUGAUAGUAUACAGGACAUGAUCAUCUGGACAGACGUUAGUUUGAAACAGAUCGCGAGGUGUAACUUCAACGGAGGGAAUAUAACUGUGAUUUACCAGGCUGGGAACG